GAACAGCUUAAAGAUACCGGUGGUAAGACGAGCGAAAAUGGCGAUGAGCAGACCUGACGGAGUUGCCUUCGAGGUCGAUUCCGAUUUUCAUUCGCCCGAGGGCGAUCUGGGAGGGCAGCCUGCUGAAACUUUAGGGUCAGAUGGCGGACAGGAGGAAAUGUACAUCCCCGUCAAGGUUCUUGGCCGCGGGGCGUUCGGAGAAGCCAUUUUAUACAGGAAAACUGAGGACAACUCAUUGUUGGUGUGGAAGGAGGUUGACCUGACCAGGCUGAGUGAGAAGGAACGCCAGGAGUCACAGACUGAGAUCGAGAUCCUAUCCAUGCUGGACCACCCCAACAUUGUCUCCUACUACAACCACUUCCUGGAUGGGUCCACACUUCUCAUUGAGAUGGAGUAUGCUAAUGGAGGAAACCUGUAUGAGAAGAUUGUUCAUCAAGACGAUCUUUUCCCAGAAGAGGUGAGU